UUCCCAUGUUUUCCCUAGAGGAUUUCUGUGAUGGAAACAACCUUCCUACGGGUGUCUGCUGUCAACAGCUUUUAAUCGAUCAUCAUAUCCUGGUAAUAAUAAUCCCUGGGAGCAGGAACUCCUGGCUGAAGUACUCUAUUAUUAAAUUAAGAGGCUGUUUCAAAGAUGUGAAAUGACUGGGGUCAGGCUAGCAGGUAAAAACAGGCAUCUCUUCAAGGAGAUAGAGGAGAAAAAGAUGAGUAGAAGGCAUUUUCCCAGGUGUAACUCAACCGCUUCCCGGCUAUUGUUUCCCUCCCUGGGAAUCUGUGCAAAUUGAACGAGGAGCCGYGCAAGCUGCUCAGAGCGCGCCCAUUUUCCUUCCCUUCUUCCCUAACAAAAGAUCCCUCCAAAGCCCAGCGUCGGAGGCUGGACAUCUGUCGCCGUUUGGGGGGGCCGGCGUGGUCAUUGAAAAGAAGCAGUGACCUGUCAGCUUUGAUUGAUGGCCACAAACCUCCGGGCUCGACCCCUCGUGUGGGAAAAGAAGUCCCGCCAAGGAAAAGUCGCCUUUCACAUGCUAAUUCGGGGUUAUAAAUACAGCCGAGGAGCAGCSGAGCAGCAAGGAGCCCCUGGGGAAAGGGAGCGAGCCGCUGCCUCCGUGCCAUCGCGUCCUGGCGGAGCGGCCCGGCUGCCUGGAAGGAUGACCACCGCCGGCAGCGCGCACAAGGGCAGCAGCAAGGAGGAGAGGAAGCUGAGGAAACCCCUCAUUGAGCGGAAGCGGAGGGAAAGGAUUAAUAACUGCUUAGACCAGCUGAAGGAGACUGUUGUGGGUGCGUUUCACCUGGAUCAGUCUAAACUGGAAAAAGCAGACAUCCUGGAAAUGACAGUGAAGCACCUGCAGAACAUCCAGAGCAGCAAGAUGAUGGCUGACUCCAAAGUGGGUCUGGAAGCCCAGCAGAGRUACAGCACCGGCUACAUCCAGUGCAUGCACGAGGUGCACAACCUCCUGCUCACCUGCGAGUGGAUGGACAAGACCCUGGGGGCGCGCCUCUUGAACCACCUGCUGAAAUCCUUGCCCAGGUCUGGUGAAGACGCCUGCAAAGCAGCACUGCGGUCUCUGAGCCCGUCCCAGCAGCCUCUCUUGACGCAAAAAAGUCCCCUGAGCCCUAAGGGGAGCACUCGAGGCACGAACCUGUCACAGGAGCGCCUCUACCCUGCGGARAACAAGCAAGCUUCCAAAAAUUCCUUCCAGCUGCCCUCGCUGUCGGUUUUCAACCAGGUCGAUGCUGCACCUCCCAGACAGGUUCUGCAGCCAAAUUUUUCCCAUAACAACCCCAGGAUGGGCUCAUUAGAUAUGUGGAGACCUUGGUAAAGUGUUUUCA